AGACAAACAGUUCCCUGUUUGUAUGCCACGGCGCGAGUACAUAAGCUAAGAAACGCCAUAGAAUCUCCCGGUCAUGUUUGUCUUCGUUUUUCUCGUCUCUCUGGCCCUCGCCAUCGCUCAGCAAUGCUUGAGUUGGAUUUUGGACUUGCAUCACUUAUCAUCUACUCCAUGUCGAGGUAUGACUGUAGGGGCUCUGCACGAUUGCAACCAGUUGCAGACGGCCAGUAUAACAAUGGUCAAUACGUCCAGUCUACACAAUAUGGCACUAUCUAUUCCUCAGGACAGGGCUCCCAACCAUCUGGAACACAAUACGGAAGCAGUACCAUGAAUCCGAACACCCAGAAUCUGCAGUACGAUCAGUCAUCGAACACUUACAACAAUCAACAGUCAUACCCAAGUAAUCAAAACUCGGCCAGUGGAGUACAGUAUGAUCCGAACAUGGCUUACAGUAAUCAGCAGAACCAAGCCGGAUACAACCCUCAAACGCAGCAAGCGCAGUAUUCCAAUAACGGACAAGGACAGGCUUAUCCUUACAACCAACAAAAUCAGCCAGGAUACAACACCCAAAUGGACCAAAGCCAGAACUUCAACAACGGCCAACCACAAAUGUACUCGAACGAUCAGCAGCAGAUUUACGGCUACAGAAGUCAUGCGAAGAAGAAGGCGUCGGAACAAUUUUGA